AUCCUUUCUACCAUGGCUGAUUAGACACGUCGAAAUAGCUCGGGGAGAAUCUACUUUUCAUCUUGAAUUAUUUCCAGCUUUCAAUUAUGCUUUGGAUUCGCACCAAGCUGAAAUAAUUAAAUACGAAUCUCAUUCUAAACAUAAAGAAAUUUCCUCCGUUGGAAGUCAUUACGUAAAAUUCUCUUCAAAAAAUUUACAGAUGGAUCUUCGAUAUGUUGUGAAAAUUGGUGAAGGAACAGCUCCACAUAUUGAUUUCAAAUUAUUAAACCACGAAGAAUUUAAUGGUCCAUGUUUGGUUGCGGAUUUCACUUUAAAAGAAACUCAAGAAAUUAUAUUUAUUUUUCGUGAAAUUCCUGAUAAAAUAAAUAUUGAUACUAAAGAAGAUGAUUGUGAAACUAUUAUGUAUAAGUCUUUAAAUCCUGAUAUUAAUUUUACUUUGUUGAAUUUGAUGUUUCGAAAAACUUUGGUUUUUUGGCAAAAUUGGAUUGCACAAUCAAUUUAUAAAGGUCGAUGGAGAGAAAAUGUACAUCGAAGCGCUCUUACCUUAAAACUUUUAACUUAUGAACCGACUGGAGCUGUUAUCGCGGCACCAACUUUUGGACUUCCAGAAG